AUGUUCACCCUGUCAGAACUGUCCUCCCUGAACGAGCGGCAGAUGAGCUACAGGCUGCUGAAGCCGUGGUGGGAGGUUUUCAUGGACUACCUCGUGGUGCUCAUGCUCAUGGUGUCCGUGCUGGCCGGCACACUCCUGCUGUCCCGGGACGGGGUGGUGUGUCUCCCCUCCGACCCGCUGGACGACGUACGCGUGCCGAACCCUCUCCGAAUAUCUCCUACCUCCCAAACACCUCCCAAGCCUUCAGCCUCCCCGACAGGUCGGCGCACACACCUGGACUACCAGCAAUAUGUGUACAUCAGCCAGGUGUGCUAUCACGAAGCUCUGCCGUGGUACUCCCGCUUCUUCCCCUAUGUGGCACUGCUGCACUCCCUGGUCCUGAUGGCCAGCGGCUGCUUCUGGUUCCACUUCCCGCGCACAUCUGCUCGCAUCGAGCACUUUGUCGUCAUCCUGGGCAAGUGUGCCGAGUCUCCUUGGACAUCGCGCGCCCUCUCGCUCACUGCCCAGAUGGACAGCACCCCGAGCCGGUCGGAGGAGCCCGUUCAGCUGCCCUCUGCCUCAAGGUCCCCCUCCUUGGGCGGACGCUCAAGUCGGGAUUCGGGCACGGACAGCCCUGCGAUGUCCCCGUGCCUGAACGCUCGCUCCGGCUGCCCGUCGGCUGCCGCUCCCCCCUCUCCCUGCCCCUCCACGCUCUCCUGCUCUUCCUCCGUGUCUUUGUUGUCCUUCUCCCCUCCCCGCUCGACACCCGAAAGCACCAAACCUCCCGGUGAUGCCGCGGAGACGGCGAGGUUGGAUCGCAGCGACAGGGAGCAGGCCAGGGCGCUGUUUGAAAGAGUGCGCAGAUUCCGCGCCCACUGCGAGGCCUCCGACGUCAUCUACAAGGUGUACGUGGGUCAGACGGUGUUCAAGGCGUUGAAGACUGCGCUGAUCAUGAGCUACACGGCACCGCUGCUGGGCUCCAUCUCCUUCAGCCACACCUGCGAGCCGCAAGCGCGUGCUCUCACGGGCUACAGCUCCUUCGAGUGUACCCACAGCCUGGCCUCAGUGCUUCACAAGCUGCUGUUGGCCUACGUGGGUCUGCUCAGCCUCUUCGGCCUGCUGGCCAUCUACGCCCUCGCCUGGAUCUGCUACAGAUCCCUACGGCGGUACUCCUUCCGGCAACUGCACGAGUCCAGCCCCAUGCGGGAUGUCCCGGACCUGCGCAACGACCUGGCGUUCUUGCUGCACAUGGCUGACCAGUACGAUCCCCUGCUCGCCCAGCGGCUCUCCGUCUUCCUGUCACCUGUCAGCGAGACCCGCCUGCUGGAGGAGAGUUUGGAGAGGCGCUGGGGCGCAGCCAGGCUGCGAUCCAUGAUAUCCGUCGAUGCCCGGGGCCGCCCGGCGUUGCAGCUGGUGGCUCUGCCGCGCCUUCCGCCGGCCGUCUUCUCCCUCGCCCACCUAGAGGUGCUCAAGCUGGAGCUCGUGGCAAAUGUCAAGUUCUCAGCCCAGCUGUCCAGCAUGACGUCGCUCAGAGAGCUACACCUGUACCACUGUGCUGCGACGGUGGACCCGGCAGCCCUGGCAGUCCUGCAGGAACACCUGGAGGCGCUGCAUCUCACCUUCACGCAUGCGGCUGAGAUCCCCGCGUGGGUGUACACGCUGCGUAGCCUGCAGGAGCUGCAUGUGAAUGGCCACUUGGGUGGCGAGAACGGCCAAAACCGAGGAUGGGCCCUGGGCAGCCUGCGACAGCUGCGACAUCUGCGUACACUGGUCCUGUGUGGCGGUCUGCAUCGCAUUCCUGGGGAGCUGGGUGAGGUGGCCAGCACCCUGGUCCGCCUGGAGGUCCACAACGAGGGUGAAAGGCUGCUGGUGCUGACGGGGCUGCGACGCUGUGCGGGCCUGGUAGAGCUGUCCCUGCUGGGCUGCCAGCUCGAGCGCCUGCCCUCCACGCUGAUGGCCUUAAGCAGCCUGCGCGGUCUGGACCUGAGCCACAACUGCUUGCGGACGCUGGAGGAGCUGCUCGGUCUGCAGCACCUGCGCAGUCUGGCACGCUUGCAGCUGGCGCACAAUCGGGUGCUGGUGUUGCCAGCCAGCGUGGGUGCUCUGCGCAGCCUCGAGCUGCUGGAUUUAGCGCACAAUCAGCUGCGAGCCCUGCCGCUCGCACUUUUCACUCUGCGCCGUCUGCGGCGCCUUCUGCUCGCUGGCAACCUGCUGGAGCAGCUGCCCGCGGAGGUAGGGGCGCUGGUGAUGCUGGCUGAGCUUGAUGUGAACGCUAACCGCCUGGAGGAGCUGCCCCCAGAGCUGUUUGCCGGCUGCACGCACCUGAGCAGCCUGUCUGUGGCCAACAACUCCCUGGGCGCCGUACCGCCCGGAAUGAGCUCCCUCUCUCAAUUAUCCAGGUUGGACCUGCGAGGCAACAGCCUCGGCGGUUUGCCAGCAGAGCUGGGGGACUGCGUCGGGCUGCGUGGGGGCGGGUUGCUGGUGGAGGACUGGCUGCUGCACUCCUUGCCCUCCCAUGUCAGGGAGUUCCUGCAGCAGCCCACUGCGGCCCCUUGUCCCCGUCCCCCCUCCUGUGACUCGCAUUCCCUUCGGGAUUCAGACAGUUUCCCCGCUUUCUCAGCCUCCCAGUGGAGUCUGCUUUCGGCACUGGAAUCUCAGAUAUAG